CAAACAGUCCUGGUCUGAGUACGAUCAGCUAGGAGGUUUUCGGUCAAGUUUUGCACUCAAUAGUGAAUAAUUGUGCAAAUUCAAAUUUGCAGCGUGAUAAACUAAAUCUUUCAUAAUGAGAGCCUUUGUUUUAGGAUCCGUUCUGCUGUUGGCUUCGACCUGUUCCGCUUCGCAUUGGGGUUAUGACUCCCCAGCAACUCACUGGGAUCAUUACGCUUCGGGACAUAAUACAUGGCACGGACCACAGCACUAUCCGGUCAUCGUGAAGGGUGUCCCAGUUGAAACACCAGAGGUACAACACGCCAAAGCCGCUCAUGCUGCUGCUCAUGCUAAGGUUGCGAAAUAUGACCAAUACGCGCCGAUUCAUGAGUCCACUCAUCAUCACGCCAAGAGUUACUACAGCUCCCAACACGUCCCAGUGAUCAAGAAUGGAGUACCGGUCGAAACACCCGAAGUUCAACACGCCAAGGCCCUUCAUGCUGCUGCCCACGCCAAGGCUGCAAAGUACGACACAUACGCACCGGUUCAUGGGGAUUACUACGGCAGAAGCUAUGGCUCAUGGCACGAUUUUCCAGCAAUCAAGAAUGGACUCCCAUUGGAAACACCGGAGGUUCAACAUGCCAAGGCUGCUCACUUCGCGGCUCAUCUGGAAGCAAAGGCACGACUUCACAAGCGCUCAGCUUACUCUGCACCACUGGUUCAUGUUCCACUUGACACGCCGGAAGUAGCCGCUGCCAAGGCAGCCCAUUUCGCCGCUCAUGCUGCCGCCAAAACCGGUCAUGGUUCUCCAGCAGCUCAUUGGAAUCAUUAUGCCCCAGAACAGAAGACUUGGCACGGACCUCUGCACUACCCGGUCAUUGUCAAGGGCGUUCCAGUCGAAACCCCAGAAGUUCAACAUGCCAAAGCUGCUCAUGCCGCUGCCUAUGCUAAGGUUGCAACCUCCGACCGAUACAUUCCUAUUCAUGAGGAUCAGUACGCUAGAAGCCAUGGCUCCUGGCAUGGGUCCCAAUACGUUCCCGUUGUAAUCAAGAAUGGAGUUCCCGUUGAAACGCCGGAGGUUCAGCAUGCUAAGGCUGUUUUCUUGAAUGCUCACGCCACUGCCAGUGCCCAAUCGAGAUCUUACGGAUACUACGAUGGUGAUGAUGGUUCUCACAAGUUGUAUGAUCGCGACUACUGAACAGCUGAUGAUCGAACGGUUCAAUCCCUUCUGAAAUCGAAAUACUCACUCCCCUGCAACUAUUAAUCAUCUGUUGGGUGCAAAAAUGACUAAUGCUGUCCCAAUGGAAGGAGAGUUUUUCCACGAUAUCGUUCGUGGAAAUAGCUUCAUACUUUUUAGUUUAAUCCGAGCAUUGAGGAACUUACCUUCUCACAUCAAAUA